AUGCGCGCUAGUGUAGUUUGCUGAUUUGUCUUUUGUGGUUUGGAUAAAUAUACAUGCGUAAGAUUCAACUGAACCAAUAGUAGCUCAUUUUAUAAACACUGCCAUAACGUUAGCAGUCUAGAUCGUCUGAUCGUCGACCAGCUGCCGGCUUGCUAGAAGCUGGACUUGGUGGAAUCGCACUUCAUUUUCCUGACAUGCCUGAAACAAAGUGAAAUGCUUGAAAUAUGGCAGAGGCUGCACAUAUAGACACAAGCGGCAGUUCCAUUCUCAGAGGGCCGAUUUUACACAUUCUUGUCAUCGGAUUUCAUCAUAAAAGGGGCGGUCAGGUUGAUUUCUCGUAUCCACCAUUGAUAGAAGGACAAUGUAGCAACAGUUCAGAUAUUCCAUCAGAAUGGAAACAUCUUCCCUUCCUUGCUCUGCCUGAUGGUGCUCACAAUUAUCUUGAAGAUACUAUCUACUUUCAUUUACCAGGAAAAGAUGAGAAGCGGGAUACCGUAUAUGGUGUUUCCUGCUACAGGCAAAUUGACACAAAGGAUUUGUUGAGUAAGGACAAGGAGUUUACAAGAGGCACUGUGCAGAAGAGUGUUUGCAUUCUUAGCACAUUGCCGCUGUACGGUUUAAUUCAAGCCAAACUUAAAUUGAUCACUCAUGCCUACUUCAUUGAAAGGGAUUUCUCCAAGACAUCAGUCCUCGUAGAGUUGUACAACAGUCUAAAUGGAUCUUUGACGACAGGACAACUUGAUGAUUCUCAGGCAUUCCUGGAUCUUUCACUAAGAGAUUUAAUUUUAACAUUCAAGCAUAAGGUCUUGGUGUUAUUUAAGUUGCUUCUGUUAGAGAGACGUGUUUUAUUCUUUGCUCAACCUGUACAUACUUUGUGCACAUCUCUGCUCUCACUUGUGUCCUUGUUUCCAGCAAUGGUUGAACAUGGUUUAAUAGAAGCAGCAUCUUACAAACACUACCGACCACCAACUCCAUCUCUGGAACUCAAUGACUUUGGUAUUGAUACCAAAGAAUAUGAAGAUGUCAAGAUGUCACAUGUACCUAACUAUCGUAAGAAGAAACAGAAAAGCAGUGACACUAAGGAAAAGACUACCAGUGAUAACAUUGGAAGCUCAAGUACUUCAUUAUUCAGUUCAACGCAAGAGUCUUCUUCCAAUCAAGAGAAUUCAAAUCACUCGGAAGCAACAGGUUCUUGCUCAUUUGACAGUACACUAACCAGAGACUCUGCUCUCCCAGAAUCCAUUGCCUCAUCAUUCUCGGUGGAUAAUGGAAAUUCUUUGUUUUCAAAUCAACACCAUGAUGUCAGUGCAGAGCACUGCCAGGAAAUGAACCCAUUGGGGGAAACAGAGAGCUUAAAGAGAGAGCAGUCAGUUUCCUCCAAGCCUGAUGUGGAAGAAGGAAACCAAACACCAGUCUCAGCCAAGUCACUUGAGGAGGACCUAUUAGCACUAAUUGAUCAAGAAUUGUACGGUCCAUACUUUGAAGGAAGAAAACUGAGUGAAGGAGACAGUGAAACUGAUUCAAGAAUUAAACCUAAAGAGUCUGGAACAUCACCUAAAGAAAGCAAAUCAGACAUUAAUUCAAUCAGCGACCCCAAACAACAUUCAUGUGCAAUCAGUCAGGAACCUCCACCUGAAGUUGUAUUAAGAAAGCACACAGAUUACGUUGAACAUGUUGAUACCAAUGAGGGUGACUCAGUCAAGCAUAAGACGGAGCAAACUUUGCCUUUACAGGAGGAAGGCAUUCAACGAUUAAGUGGUGCUGAUGAUUUUGUGGUCUUACAAAAUAACUGUCCAUCAAUGUCAACUCUCAAGGCAGAUGACUUUGGAUUCCCACUGUCAUUGUUUGGAAAGGGAUCUUUGUGUCAUCCAUACAUGUCUCUACAACAGCAUGAUCUUCUGAAAGAUGUCAAUGUUCGCUGCUUCCUGAUUGGUGCAUCCAACAUGCUAUUUAAGCAGCGUAGACACCUUUUAGAUGUACUUGUUGAGGUUGAGGAAGGCAAAGUGAUUGUGUUUGACCCAGAACUUCGUAAACAGCUAAGCUUGUCAACUGCUGACCUGAGAUUUGUUGAUUUCCUGAUCAAGAAUGUGUCUGACAAGAGUGAGGAUGUGUACCUAAACAACACAGGUUGGGAAGGUGGAGAUGAAUGGAUACGAGCACAGUUCAAGGUGUAUCUUCUAUCACUGCUUGCAACUGCUCUGCAUCAGCGCCACGAGAAGGACAUGAGUGAUUUUAACGACCAUUUUGUCAGUGCAUGGAAGACAACUCACAACUAUCGAAUCUGGAUGAGUGAGCAGCAUCCUGGAAUCGAUUACGUUCUUGCAAGCCAUCCAUGUCAGGGACAGCUCAGUGUACAGGACAUGAAAAUAAGAUUACAAAGUGCUAUGCAAACUACAGAGAGAGGCAAGAAAAUAAACAGCGCCCUCAAUCGUACCAGCGUUGCCAUGUUACACACUGGUAAGGCUGUUGGGGGCGCUCUUAGUAGUGCAAAGUCAGCGGUGUCAGCUUGGAUAUCUGGUUUUGCUGGAGAAUGGAAAGAUGAUACAAAUGAACAUGGGAAUAAUAAAUAGUUACAUAUUGAUCAGGAUUGGUUAAAAGUUCCUAUGACUGAAAUACUUUCUGUCAAACGUGUGAUUGGAUUUUAAAACUGUUUUCAAAUGCAUAUUUUUGUCUGUUAAUCAAAUGACUUUCAACUUAAUUUUCACCUUGGGACCCCAUCCUCCACAUACUAAUCAUGGACUUAAAUCUUGAACUGUAGUGAGCAGACCUUUUCAGUAGUUGUUUCCAAGAUCAGAAAUAAAACAACGUUCAAUCUGUAACUGUACAUCUGCCAAAACACCUAUCCACCCCUCUUCUCCCCCAAAUGCCUUUUUUCAAAUAUUUUUAGGUAAUCCUUGUAACUCGUACAGCUUCAAGUGUAGGUGUACAUGUCCCAGAAAUUUUAAUUGAACUAGAUAUGCUGGUCUCCUUGAUUUUUAUACAUGUACAUGUAUAAAGACUUUCACAUGACCAAAAUGUAUUUCAGUGUCCAAGUUCCCAUAGUUACAUGUACAUGCGUCAAAAUUUGAGACUGAAAAAGAACUUGGCAAACAUGAUGUGCUUGGUGGUGUAGCAAAUGUUCUUUACGCUCGAAGGCUGAUUUGGUUUCUACCAAAAAUGUAAAGGAGGGAUUGAAUGAAGCGAUUUAUUGUUUAUUCUUUGGUUUUUUUCUGUCACUUGUUUUCAUUCAUUUCCAAAGAAAUGAUAAUAUUCAUGUGAUGUGCAAUAAUGUGUGGGCUUUUCGAUAAGGCAUCAGGAAUGUGGAAUUAUUGUGCAGCUUUUGUAAACACAUGUACAUGUAUUGACAAAUAAUAUCUAGUUUAAUCAGAUUAUUCCUAAACUGUAUUUUUCUGUGAUAACAUAAACAGACUUUAUUAAAAUAUUUUGUCAAACUGAAACAUCUACUUUGGGAAGUGUUAAAUUUAUGCCUUAACGUACAUGUAGGUUCUGGGCAGAUACUUCAUCUUUCAGCCUUUCUUUUCCUCUACCAAAACGAAAGAAAGUUGGAUUUAUAAUUGAUUUAUAAUUACUUAGUUUUUGCUAGUAAAUAGUUUUUGAUUUCUUGUCUGUCAAAUAUAACAUACAGUACGUUUGUAUUAGUAUGUCCCGAAAUGGAUUUGACUCAGCUGUUGAUGCCAAUUCUGCAUGCCUUCAGGAGGAGCUGUGAUAAGCUCAUUUGUUAAAUAAAUUCAUAUGUACUUGAUCUGUUUGAUUUGCUAGCAAAAAUCUCACUGUUGUCAGCAGUAAUUAAGUAGGAAUACGUCAGAAUUAAUUUUAAUAUUUCUGCUAGAACAGUGGUCAAACUGGCGCAUUAAUUAUGACAUUGCCUUGGCUUCCCCAAUAAAUGACUUGUUUGCUAAAUAGAUGUAAGCUAAAAAUUCUUAAUGGUUCCAUAUCCUCCAAGUUGGAUAUGGAAGUUGUUCCAUAUUCCAUAUCCAGAAGCUGUUGGACCGAAAAAAUGAAAUUAACUUCGUCUUAAUUAAUAGCUUUUGCUAUAUUUUCUAUUCACAACAACUUCCAUUAUUCAUUUGCAAAUAACAAAUUGUGCAUACAUAUUUAUAAAAAGAUUUUGCCAUGUUGAAAGUUUUGCUUAGAUGUUUUUGGUUAAAAGUGUACAAGAAUUAUAAAAAGAAUUUGUAAGGUUUCUCCCCCAGAAUACUUUUACACCCGUGUUCAUCUGACAAACAUUGAUUAUUAACAUUUUACAUUAGAAGUAGCAGUUUGUCUCGAGCAACUUAAGUACGUAACAAUUAAUUAGAAUUUUCAUUUCCGUACACUGUUCCCAUAAGAAAUUAAAUCACGUACUAACCGUCAUCUCAUCUGCUGCUGAUUUAUUCAUUUUUUUCAUAUGACUGACAUACCGUAAUUCGGUUAAUUAAAAAGCGCAUAUAAAUUACAAUUAACCUCAUUUUGCAUUGUUGGAUUUACAUUAAACCCACCAUACUAAGUGUCCAUUUUA